UGUAGGUGAGUAAACUCUCCGAUCCCUCUUUGAACGAUCGGGGAUCGGGUGCAUGACGGAGAUCUGUAGUACGAUUCGGCAUUCAGUUGACGACGCUUGCCACGGACGGGUGCAAAUUUUAGUGUUUGGGAUGGAACGACGAGAGUACCCCAAGCCAGCCAGAUCUGUGGACGUGCAAGAAAAUUCGGCCGAUGGACACCGCAACGUGGACGUUCCGGUGAAUUUUGCUGAUGGGCACCAAAACGCGGACGUGACACAAAAUUCGGUGGAUGGGCACCACAAUGGCGCAGCAAACGCUCCCAUGCGCGAGCCAACGUCAAAGAAGAAGAAAGUUAAAGUCGCUAAGGCGUCUAAGACGGACAAAUAAUCGAAAACCGACAAGUUCAAAGCAUUAAGUAAGGAGCUGGAGGAAUCUAAGGCUCGUAUGUUAGCUUUGGAGGAGGCGCUGGCACGAGAACGUGCGGAAAAGGAGGCUUUGAAAGCACGUGCGGACAUUUUGAACAAUAGUCGAUGUGUUGUCGAGGAGAGCAGCGUUGACUUCGAUGGAGCGCCAAGACCAUGUAGUACUCGUCGAGCAGCAACGGUGACGAACGCCGAAGAAACUCGUUUCAUGUCAUCGGUGACCCAGCUUUCAGUGUCCUCGCUGAACGUCCCGGAGUGUGUUCCACUGGCGGACGACGAUGACAUCAACAGACACUCUUUUGAGAUGUGGAAGGACCUGUUGAUCGACUCGAUGAAGUUGGCAGGGAUUCAAGAUGAAGAAACCAGAAUCACCCUGUUCAAAAUCAAGGCCGGGCCCCGACUACUUGGGGUAUUCAAGAACACAAGCUCCACCGAGGAUGCUCCCUCUGCAGAAACACAGCCGUUUGCCAAUGCAAUGCACCGUUUGAAAGCCUACUUCGGUUCGGGGUCAGACAUUAUGUUGCAGAGGAGAAAACUUGCGCUAAUGUCCCAGAAACCAGAUGAGUCUGAUCUGCAGUUCGUCAAUCGCGUUGCAGCAACCGCACGGCUAUGUGAAUUCAGUACAGGAAAAGAGUUCGAAGAAAUCACCGGAACAGUCGCAGGACAGGCACGAAAUCGUGAUGUACGGACAGCAGCGCUACGAAUCCUGAACAAAGGGGGUUCAAUCACUGACUUGGUCGAUAAAGUUCGCGAGAUCGAAACCAUUCGACUAAACGAGGAGUACUACAGGCAAAAACACAUUCAGUCAGAGCCGGCAGUCAUUGCACCGAUAAGAGCAGAUUAUCCCAGGAACCAAGCAGCCCGUGGUCGUUUCCACCCGUAUCAGUCGGCGCCUGCUUUCAAUUCUCGGGGCAAAUCACGUUUCGGAGAAUUCGCUAGUCAACGCAACACCCGUCGUGACACGCCCGGGCAUCGAGGAACAAACUAUGACCGCGGAGAACGAUGCUGGAGAUGUGGAAACGUGUACCAUUUGCCUUCGGAAUGUCCAGCCAUUGACAAGAUCUGUCGAAACUGCAGCAAAGUUGGUCAUUUUCAAAGAGUUUGCAGGGCUCCAUUCAGACCGGCUGUGAUGAACGAGUUCAAAUCGGAAAUACCAGAAGCGAGCAUCAAGAAGGUAGCAGCAGUCGAAGAGAUGGAUGUGGAACCAAAACCGGAGAAUGUAAGUGAUGUCCCCGGAAAUUAAUGAUAAUGUAUACCGAUAUUUGAUUUUUAUACCUGUGACAGCAUUCAUAGGCGUUGUCGUUUAAUUUGUUUCAUGAUUGAUUUCGUUUCAUUGUUUAAUCUAUCAAAAUAAUUUGAUAUGCUUUCAUUUAUUGAAUAAAAUGAAUUCAAACAAUAAAUUUAUAGCAUCUUUUAUUUAAUUAAAAGUUAUUCCAUGUAAACAAGGUCUGAAAUAAGUUAGUCGUCAACGGUAUUAUUGGAAAUCAAUAGCAUCAGUAUUCGA